ACCGGGAUCGGCACCGGGAUCAGCACCGGGAUCAGCACCGGGACCGGCACCGGGGCCUCCCCGGGCAGCCGCAGCCGAGCGGGCUCGGGCGUGCCCAGGAGGAAGCGCCGCCGUCCAGCCAAAUUUAUUUUUGGCGGCGCUGGGGCUGUCGCCGGCCGGGGACAGCGAGGGCUCUGGGGCUCAGGGGUCCCUCGCUCUCUUCCAGCCCCAAACCCGGAGGAGGAGGAGGAGGAGAAAAUGGGCCGGAAAAAAAUCCAGAUCAGCCGGAUUUUGGAUCAGCGGAACCGGCAGGUGACCUUCACCAAGCGGAAAUUCGGGCUGAUGAAGAAGGCGUACGAGCUGAGCGUGCUGUGCGACUGCGAGAUCGCGCUGAUCAUCUUCAACAGCACCAACCGCCUGUUCCAGUACGCCAGCACCGACAUGGACAGGGUGCUGCUCAAGUACACCGAGUACAGCGAGCCCCACGAGAGCCGCACCAACUCCGACAUCCUGCAGACGCUGAAGCGCAAAGGGCUGGGGCUGGAGAGCCACGAGCUGGAGCUGGAGGAGGGGCCCGAGCCCCCCGGGGACAAGGGGAGAAGGCUCGGGGAGGGCGUGGAUCUGUCGCUGGCGAGGCCCAGGUUUUAUAGCCCGGUGUCCCUGCCCGAGGCCGCCUACGGCAGCUCCCCUCCGGGCACGGACGCGUCCCUGGGCAGCGCCGGCAGCUCCCCACAGGCCCAGGGCCGCUCCCCCGCCUUCAGACCCGCGGCUCCGAAGCCCCCGGGCCGGGCCCCGGGGCCGCUGCCCCCAGGUCUCGGCUACCCGCUGUUCCCCGCCGCCGGCCUGAGCCGCGCCUUGGCCACCAAGACGCCGCCGCCGCUGUUCCUGGGGGCCGAGGGCCGGCGCGGCGAGUGCCAGGGCAGCCUGGCCAGCGGCCGGAGCGGCGGCAGCGCGGCGCGGCCGCUGUACCCAGCCCUGCAGACCCUGAGCCCCGUGCUGAGCCCCGGCAGCUCCGGCCUGGCCGGCUUCCCCUUCCUCAGCCCGGCCCCGGCGGGUGAGUCCCGGGAUUUUGGGGCUGGCGAGGUCCCGCCGCCCCCCGGCUUCCUGCAGCCCCCGGCGUGGCAGCACCCGCGGGACGUGGUGGGGAUGGGGGCCAGCAGCCGGCUCGUCCCCGCCGAGGAGCCGGGCCCUGUCCCCGGAGCGUCCCCCGGGGCCAUCAGCAUCAAGUCGGAGCGGGUGUCGCCGGGGCUGGGCCGUCCCCCGGGCACCCCCCAGCCCUCCCUGACCAGCCUGGCGCCCCUGAGCGAAGCCCCCCGAGCCCCCGGAGACCUCCAGCCCCGCCACGACUUCUCCAAGGCUUUUCCCCCCUACGCGCCGGGGCCGCCGCGGCCGCUGCCGGACGAG